GUAUAAAUGUUAAUUUCUCAAUCAAAAAAUAACAAAAGCACUAAAAUAGCUGCACAAAGAAGCUGGCUGUUCCUGGCUGCAGCUGUCAUGUGCCUUCUUACAGUUUUGCAGCUUGGAGUCUUCCCUUGUGCUAUGGCCCAGACUGUCAGACUGCCUCUGAAGAAAGUCUACUUGAAAGACCACAAAGAAGACAUUGAGUCAGGGAUUGAGACUAUUGAAGAGAGACAUGGGAGAGGUCUUGCUGAAAUCAAUGUAACAGUGACAAACAAGUAUGACCUCCAAUAUCAUGCAAGUCUUCUCAUCGGAGAUGCUAAAUACAACCAGACCUUCAUUUGGGAUACAGGGUCUACGCUCCUGUGGACUCCUCUAAACAAUUGUUCUUCGUGCCCAAGUACCAAUAAAUAUACUCCAGCUAGUUCUUACUCCAGCACAGGCACAAGACACAUUAUAAAUUACCUCUCAGGACAAGUUGUCGGUGAUGUUGCCAAUGACAAAGUCUACAUCACCUCUUCUUCAGGCCCCGUAACUAUGGAACUCCUAGGUGUAGAUACAGCCGAUUCUGCAAUCCAAGGCAUGGUCGCUGAUGGGAUUCUUGGAAUGGGCCCAGCCAUUACUGGAGGAAGACCUGGCACUCUCUUAGUGGAGAAACUCAAAACUGCAGGAAUUAUCGGCAAGAAUGCUUUCGGAGUCGACUACAGAUGGCUAAAUGGCACGUCAUCGAUUCUUCUUGGAGGCUACGACACUGAUCUGAUCAAAAGUGACGAAGAUUUUGAUUGGAUUGGCUUAAAAACUAAUACUCAUUGGACUGUUGAAAUGAGUACUGUCAAGUAUGGAGGUACUGAGCUUAGCAUGUCAUCUACCAGCGCAGUCCUUGAUACAGGAACAUCCUUGACAAUAUUUCCAUAUUCAGAUUUCAUGAACAUUUGGAAUGAAAUUAAAGAUGGCAAAAAUUGAGGGUAUAUUGUUGGGACAAGUAGACUUGGCUGAGACUGCGACUCAAUUAAAGACUUUAAAGAGAUCAAAAUUAAGCUUGGAGAACACGAUACCAAGAUGCCUGCCUCUGCUUACGUCGAGUACUUCGCAGGAACCACUUCCAAUGGUGUUUGUUUACUCUAUAUAGAUUUCUACAUUGGAGAUUUUGGCGGCCUUGUGAUCCUGGGAGACUCCUUCCUGAGAGAGUACUAUGUCUACCAUGACGUUCAAGGCCAGAGAGUUGGACUAUACGGAAAGAACUAUUCGGCCAAUACAUCUGCAUUCUCAGUUCUUGUGUUUAUUAUGUUAUUCAUAAGUUUUCACUUUUAA